AUGGUGAUCCAGCCGCGUUUUGUGGUGAGCAAGAAGGUAAAGACAAACUUUGAGAAGAGUAUAGAGAAGAAACAGGGAAGUAUAGUGCCUAACGGAAGUACCUUCGAAGAUGACGAUGAAGAUCCCCACGAACCAGCUGUCCGCCGACGUUCAAGCGUGCUGCAGCAGCUCAAAGAAGGGAUCUUUACUAACAAUCCUCGUUUCUGGGAGAGUCUGGUAUACAUAAUCUUCCUUAUCAUCUUCACUUGGGUCUGCAUGAAUGCGCAAGGGGGCUCCAAAUCGUACAGCCUGGCCCAGAGCAUCAGGAACGAGUUGUCGUCGUUUGAGUCGAUCAGCUCAGCAGGGGAUUGGUACGUUUUCAUGCAGACCACAUUCGUUCCUGCUGUGCUCCCGGUCACGUGGUACAAUGGCGACUCGCUAAAUUCAGACGAGCUUCGGCAGGUGAACAUGAAGUUCAUGCUGCUCGGAACGAUCUCAGCGCGUCAGGUGCGGGUGAAGCCGAACACUUGCAACAUGAUGAAGGGCAGCAAGAUGGCGAAGUACGCGGACAUAUGCUACGGACCGUACUCCAGCUCCAAUGAGGAUCGCGCGCCCUACGGGCCCACGUACGCGACAGACAUCAAUAUGAAGAAAUUCAACUACCAGACGGCGCUCGAGCUCGGGUGCAAAGUUGGAUGCUCAACGCGGGGGGUGCUGAACGCGUAUUCGGGGGGAGGAUACAGAGAGGACAUCCCCUCGGCAAGGAACCUGACGGUCCAAACAGAUGCAAUUGCGAAGAUCUCACAGCUCAAGACUGACCGCUGGAUCGACAAGCAAACGCGCGCUGUGAUUGUUGAGUUUGCGAUGUACAACCUGGCGACAGAUCUGAUGGCAGUGGUUCAACUCAUCUACGAAGAGGAUGAAGCAGGCUCGAUAUCAGCUUUCAUUCAAGUCAUCACUCUGAACAUCAAGCAUCUCUAUAGCGACCAAGGAUCAGCCGUCGACUUGAUCGCAGAGGCCGUGAUGCUGUUCAUGGUAGUCGGAUACCAUGUCCUGUCGCUCUGGCACUGGUACAAGCUCGGGUUCACUAAGUACUGGAAGUCCUUGUGGACCGUCAUCGACUGGGUCAACUUCGUCUUGUUCUACGUUGCCUUCGGUCUCAGAUAUGGCGCCUUGCUCAAUGCCAAGAGUGCCAACUUUCCUCCUGCUGACAACGAGUUUGUCUACUACGCCCCAGCUGCCAACAUGGUCAGCAUGUGGAAAUAUGUGAUGGGGUUCAACGCCAUCCUCACGUGGUUCAAGAUGUUCAAGUACUUCGGCCACAUCCCAUUCAUGUCUCGGUUGAUCAGAAUCAUGGGAGCUUGCGUGGAGGAUGUUGCUGCCUUCAUGCUCUGUACUUUUGUCGCGCUCAACGGCUUCGUCUUCACCUUCAUGCUGACCUACGGAAAUCAAAUGAGCUCUUACUCCACGUGGACUACCACUCUCAUGACGCUUUACCGGAUGUGCCUGGGCGAUUGGGAUUACGACUCCAUCUACAAGUACAACUGGGUCACUGGCAGGAUUUACUUCGCGUUGUGGACCAUCCUGUCCAUCUGCUUCCUCCUCAACAUGUUUGUCGCCAUCAUCAUGGAGAGCUAUGAGAUCGUAAGGGAGCAAGAAGAGAAAGUGACAUUGAUGUCCUACUUGCGUGACAAGCUAUCACACGUCAUCGGGACCACUGUCCACCCAAUCCAAGUAGAUCACCGUGGCGGCGAGGAGGCGUCUGGAAGGGUGCCUGAGACUCUUCGUACGAAAUCGUUUGCUGACUUCAUGUGCCAGGAGGAAGCGACGCUGGAGGAAGAUGACGGGAGAGUUCAGAAAGACGUCUUGAAGUUGCAGACUGACGUCGAGCUUGUGCUGGCGUCGCUUGUUGACUUCCGGAAGGAAAUGAGGAGCCUCGGUAAGAAAGUGCAUCAGAUCACCGAGACAGGCGGAAAGGGGCACUAUCCCAGCAAUUUCUUAGAGUGA